AUGAGCCACGGCUCGCACACGGCCCCGGUCAGCGGGAGCCAGCUUGACGACGAAACCCCGGAACUCGGAUUCUCGACGGUGGAUGCGGAUGCUCUGACGGCGCCGUCAGGCCACAAAGCCCAGACACACGACGACGACCAUGUGUCGCAGGACACGGAGGAUACGGUGUCGUCAACACUGUCCAACAGCUCCGUCGCGAGUCCGCCGUACUGGAUGAACACGCAUGCUCACCAGCGCAACACGUCCAACGUUUCGGUCGAGUCCGUCUUGCCGGCCGGCGCCAUCAUCCUGCAAGACAACGAUACGAGCGAACACCAAGACCGAAACAAUGCAUGCUGGGCAAAGAGCGUCGAGAUUGUCAACUACACCGUUGUUAACGGGGGAGCAACAAGUGUCGGCGCAUUUGUAGUCUGGAACGUCCGUGUAGAAACUCUGAGUGGAAGCUACAUGAACAUCCGGAAACGAUACUCGGAAUUUGACGAGUUCCGCAACAGACUCGUCAUAUCGUUCCCCGGCUUUGAGGGGGCUGUGCCAUCACUCCCUCCCAAGAGCGUGAUUUCCAAGUUUCGACCCAACUUUCUCGAGAAGAGGCGGGCUGGCCUGCAGUAUUUCCUCAAGUAG